CCGGAAUCUGCGGUCUGGCGCUGAGCGUUGGAAUCCGCCCGCCUCUCGCCCAUCUUCUUUGUCUCGUCUCUCUUGUCUCGUUAAUAUCGUCGACAAAUUGCUUCUUUCUCCCGUCCUCGUCGACUGGCAUUUCGCCCCAGCACGAUAACCAGACGCAGUCACCGGGAAAACGACUUCGCUUUGGAUGUCUUCAAUCUUCCGGAUUUCUUUCGCCGCUCUCUGGCUAAGGAAAGUUUCGGCCACACGCAGCGCGGGGCCGGACCGGUUUCGUGUUUUUCGGUUUCGUGUAUUGUAUAGUUGCCUGUUUAUUGCGUUUUCACAUUUCCUUCGUUUUCGUGUUUACUGCCACACUUUUGCCUCGAUGUCUUCUUAUUUAGUAAGUCGAGCAGCGGAGCGCGAAUGCAACUCGCCGCCUCCCUGAAGUCGAUGUCUUUUGACGACAUGCGCUUUUUCCAGUCUUUUCUUUUCCACCGUGAAACGGGAAAGACGUUCUCAACGAGGCACACACAUUGAACACCUCGUACAGUUGGCGCUGUACAAUUUUAAAUUCCAUUUCUUUCACAUUUGUUUUGAAGCCGAGGAGGCUUAUCUGUGGCAACCGGAGCAGCUUCUGUUCCAGAUCAAGUCUUCAUUUUCGUCGUUUUCUGUUCCAGAUCAAGUCCUCAUUUUCGUCGUUUUCUGUUCCAGAUCAACUCCUGACUUUUGUGGCUUUCUGUUCCAUAUUAAUCUUCAUUUACCCAAACCCACCACUGGAGUCUCGAUCGCCUUUUCGCUGUACAGCUUCUAGACACAAAACCACACCUACUCCGCCCCUUUUACCUCCUGAGUUGCACUCCUUUACUUCCUCUCCUCGAUGUUUCUCACUUCUCGCUGGUGUCCUGUGUAGACGCUCACGGUUCCCUCGUCUGCAGCUCUGGCGGACUGCCGCGCCGUCCUUGUCCCUCAACUCGAAAAAAUGAAUUCCCUCGCUGGCAGCGUCGUCGGGCAAGGCCAGCCUGUUGAAGAGACAGGAGUGGAGGCCCCGGCCUCUGACCCUCUUGCAGAUGGAGAGAGACACCCCAGCCGAGAGGAACCUUCUGGUGCAAUUUUCUCUUCUCAAGGCGUCUCACGCGCGGUUGUGGAGAGUCGCACGGAAGAACAAGUUCACCUGCUCAACGACGGAGUGUCUAGACACCCCGGGGGACUUCCGGAUGCAGAGGGCUGGGAUGAGAAUCCAGUCCGAGUCGACACAGGCGACGCAGUGGCUCAUUACGACGGACUCCCCCUCGUCACCCUCAACUUCGAGGACCUCACAAUGGACGUCGUGACUCCGGGCGACGGCUGCGUGAAGAGAGCGUUGAAGGGUCUCUUCAAAAGGCCGAUCAAGGAGCCGACGCGAAAGAGAAUUCUCUCCCUCGAAGGGGUGAAAAGUUCCUUCCAGCCUGGAGACUGUGUCGCGCUGAUGGGAAGCAGUGGAGCAGGCAAAACGACUCUUCUGAAUGUUCUGUCGGGGCGCGUGACGAAGAAUGUCGGAGGCCGCGUUCAGUACAACGGUCUGGAAUUGCCUCCUGAGGCACUGAAGGCAAUUUCUUGCUUCGUUCAACAAGAAGUGAUUUUCUUCGGAACCUUGACCGUGCAGGAGCAUCUCGAGUACCAGGCUGCUCUACGGCUGCCGCCUUCGCUCUCUGCUCGUGACCGCGCAGCGACAGUGAACGCGAUGAUUGAAAAAGUCGGUCUCUCCAAAGUCGCGGAUUCCCUUAUUGGCAAUGUCUCUCAGCAGCAGCUCGUCGGCAUUUCCGGAGGCGAACAGCGACGCCUGUCUGUGGCGACAGAGCUUCUGACAGAGCCUUGUGUCAUCUUCGCCGACGAACCGACCAGCGGCCUCGACUCUUACAUGGCGAUGCAAGUCGUCAAGCUUUUCAAGGGCCUCGCUCUCGACGGUCGAACUGUCGUCUGCACCAUUCACCAGCCCAGCUCGAGUGUCUUUGCGCAGUUCAACAAGGUCGUUCUGAUGUCGGAAGGGCACCUUCUGUACUGCGGAGACCGCGAGGCUUGCAUCGGUUGGUUCGCGCAUUUAGGGCAAGUUUGCGAGGCGGACAUGAAUCCAGCUGAGUUUUUGAUUAAAGUCACUGCAGUGACGGACGACAAUCGCGAGGCGGCUGUCCAGAGAACGGUGGAGUGGGCUGAACGUUGGCGGCAGGAAGGCGCUAUGUUUCUCGAGCAGUGGGAGGCUCUUGGCGGACGCGCUGCCGCUUCCUCCGAUCAGAUGCGCAUUCAGCGCCUUUUUUCAUCGAUGGAAGAACCGGCUGAGGCCUGCGCAAAGGAGGCUCCAGGUGAAAACGGAGCAGGUCCGGGGGGUUCAGGAGCGCUAGUCGAGACCAAGCAGCCUGGAGAAGUCGUAUCACAUGCGGUCCUCGUCGACCAGAGCGCCCAGACGUCGGAGGCCGAUCGGCCGGAAACGCAGAACGCCGAGCCGACGCUCUUGCAUCGAAAACUGAGUUCGCGCGCCCAGUACAUGCUGAAGGGCGGUGCCAUGUCGAAGGCUUGUUUGGAGGAGAUGAAAACAGACAGAAUCGGAGUGCUCAGAGAAACCUGGCUGCAGAUCCAACGCAGUACUCUGCUCAGAGGCCGCGAUCCCUUCUCCACGUAUGUCCGACUCGUCACAACUGUGAUCAGCGCUCUCAUCCCUGCCCUCAUGUACUACCGCUUGACGUGGCAGAGCUCAGACGCGUGGAACAAAGUAUCUUCUUCUUUUUACAUCAUCCUCAGCGAGUCGAUGGCUUGUCUCUUCGGCGCUUCCAUGGCCUUCAACAAGGAACGCGCUGUCAUCCAGCGGGAAUACGAGUCCGGAGUGACACGAAUGCCUCUCUACUUCAUCGGCCGCAUCACCGCAGACUCGCUCCUCUGGAUGUUUUUUCCGUUCAUCUAUCAUUUAAUCGUCUACUGGAUCUCCGAUCUCGGGGGAGACUCUGUGAGCAAGUACUUUGCUUCCCUCGCGAUCACGCUGCUCCUGAUUCAGGUUGUCCUCUCCUACACCUACGUCGUCGUCGCGCUCAUCAAACAUCCAGUUGCGUCGACAGUUGUUCUUCAGAUCAUGCAGAUGAUCCUCACUCUCUUCUCUGGAUUCAUGGUCAAGUUGGACGAACUGGGGAAGUUCUGGAUCUGGAUUGUGUACCUCUCGCCAUUCAAGUACGCGCUCCCUUGCUUCACCGUCACUAUUUUCUGGAACACAGAAAUCUCGUCGCCCUCAGGAUCCACCGUCUCCGGCGUUGACUUCCUGAACGAUACCUUCGGAUUUCAACAUGACAAGUUCUGGCUGUACGUCGGCCUGCUAUUCGUCCUCGGAAUCAGUGGGAGGCUGUUGGGAAUGGUUGCGCUGUCGUGGAAGGCGAGUCGAACGAAGGAGAACCAAUGAGAGAUUGGAUGUUUCAAAGCGUCGUGUCUUUGUCUUUGACGAAGACGUUUUUUCUUUCCAAACUGGAGAUACGUCCGCGUCGAGGAACACAGUUUUGGGUCUGGAUUUUCCAACGAAAAAAACAGCGAUUCAAAUCCGAGGGACAGGGAUACUUCGGGCCGGGGCGCAUGCACCGACCUGGUGAGGGAGUUUUGCAGUUUUUUUUGAAAGGAUUUUCAAACGCAUGCGUUUCCUGUGGCGACAUUUUCGUUGCGUCGAGGACUGCCUGAACAGGCAGAUGUUCAAGACGACCUCUUCGUCGUCUUACUCUUCGUUUUCGAUUUGUUUCUGCAAGCAAAGAGGGAAGGGAAGAGCUGUGACGGAGAGGGGGGCAAGGCGUUCUCAUUCGAGAGCUGAGUCUGCAUGCGCGUCUCAGCAAAGACGCCGGGCGCGAAGGCGGAGCCUUUGCCGCCUGCGUUCCUAGAGUAGACAACGACUGUGUUCUCUCCUGCGACCGUCGGCAGUCUUCACUUGCCGACAGAAAUACGAUUUUUUCCAUUUGCCAACGAGAUGCGAACACGACGCUCCGCCACGGUUUUCCAGAUGUUUCUUUCGGAGACAAUGCAGCGACAAGGAAGCGAUGUGAACAAAGACAACCGUGCUCGGCACAGUUCAAUAACGAAUGCAUGCAUGCAGCCAAUUUAUCAGAGGCCGAAAGAAACAGAAAGUCCCUUCAUGCGUUUUUCCCUGCUUGAAAAAAGUCUUUUGUCAAGCGCACGAACUGCCUCUCUUGUAUGUUUGCC